AUUUUCAAGAUGAGCCUUAAAAGCAGAGUAACCUCAAUAUCAUCAUCUCACAACCUUCACCAUUCCGAAGAAAGAGUCCCUCUCCGAUCAGAUUCAGACCAGACAUGCCUCAAUUCAAGCCCCGAGUUCGAUUUUCGCAUCCGACAAAACUCAAAACAACGGUUUUCUCACGCCGACGAGCUUUUUUCAGACUGGAAAAGCCUCUCACACUCUUCCACCGACACUAUUUCGAAGAAGAACGAAGUUACUUCUCCGAGAAGCAAUCUCCAAACCCUAGCCGCGAAAUCUGGCACAAAAGAGUCUGAUGACUCAGAAGAUGAUCCAAGUUUUGGUUGUGGGUUUUGGCUUGUCAGAAGCAAAUCUGUUGGAUACUCAAUGAGAAACAAGAAAACGAAUCCUUCUUCUGAGUAUCAAAGGAGCAAUAGUGAUCCUGAUCCACAAAAGAAGAAGAAGAAGAAGAGUUUGCAAAAGAUGAACUCUACAGAGUUUAGAGCUCCAAGAUCUAUGAAUAGUCCAGCGUUGAAUGUUCCAUUGGCUGAUUUAUUUUGCCUCGGCCCUGUUUUUUCCGGUAGCCGUGAUCGGAGAAAGUGAAGUGUUCUCUUAUCUUUAUUAACAAAGAUCCUAAAACUAAUUUCUUGAACCACAUGUGAAGAGUUAGGUAUAUAUAUUUGGAGCAAGACGAACUAAAGAAUCUUAAUGUGGAUCGUCAUACUCAUACAUAAGUCUAAGAAUCUAA